AUGAUAAACAACAUCAAUAAGCAGGCAUCCAGAAGAGGUAAAAGCCAUGUCAGCAGAGACACCACAGCUAACCCCAAUACAGACACACCACAGCUAGAGACAACAUGGCUACAGCCUGUACAGAGCCACCAAUGCUACAGCUUACACAGAGAGACCACAGCUACAGCCUGCACAGAGAGAUCACAGCUACAGCCUGCACAGAGAGACCACAGCUACAACCGACACAGAGACACAGCAGCAACAGCCGACACAGAGCUACCACAGCUACAGCCUACACAGAGAGAAAGCAGCUACAGCCAAUACAGAGAAAAAGCAGCUACAGCCGACACAGAGACACUGCAGCUACAAUGGUACUAAAAGAGGCAAUCAGUUUACCAAGAGAGGCGGUAUAAAGAGAAAAUAGAAGGGGACCAAGGACAGACCCUUGGGGAACUCCAACCGAGACAGGACGAGUGGAGGAGGUAUCCUUGGAAAAGGAGACACUGAAUGAGCGUUGGGAGAGAUAGGAGGAAACCCAAGAGAGGACCGAGUCACAGAGACCGAGCGAUUGAAGAGUUUGAAGGAGGAGAGCAUGAUCAACGGUGUCAAAGGCAGCAGAGAGGUCAAGGAGAAUUAAUAUGGAGUAAUGACCUUUGGAUUUAGCGGAGAUUAGGUCAUUAGUCACUUUGAUAAGAGCAGUCUCAGUAGAGUGGAGAGGGCGGAAGCCAGACUGAAGAGGGUCAAGGAGAGAGUUGGAAUUAAGGAAGCGGGACACACGGGUAAAGACAAGCCUUUCCAAAAGCUUUGAUGAGAAAGGGAGCAGGGAUAUGGGACGAUAGUUAGAAGGGGAGGAUGGGUCAAGAGAUGUUUUUUUCAGGAUAGGUAUUACAGUGGCAUGUUUAAGGUCAGCAGGAACAGUGCCAGAAGAGAGAGAGCAGUUAAAGAUGUGUGUUAGGGUAGGCACAAGACAAGGGGAGAGAGAUCUGAUGAGGUGAGAUGGGACAGGAUCGAGCGGGCAAGUGGUGGGGCGAGAGGAAUGGAGAAGCGCAGCCACCUCUUGUUCAGUAGCCGGGUAGAAAGUCUGGAGGGUAGGGAAAGCAAGAUUUACAUGUGGUUGAGAAAGAGAACGGCAAGGAGGGGAGAAUUGUUUCCUUAGCUGUUCAAUCUUGUCGGUAAAGUAGCAUGCAAAGCUAUCAGCUGUAAGGUUAGUUUGGGGGGUGGCCACAGCAGGGCGGAGAAGGGAAUUAAAGGUGUCAAAGAGGCGUCUGGGAUUGCGGGAGCAUGAACUAAUGAGAGAGGAAAAGUAUGACUGUUUGGCGAGGGCGAGGGCUGCGCUGUAUGAAAGCAACAUGAAUCUAUAAUGGAGAAAGUCUGCCUGGGUGCGGGACUUCCUCCAGGAGCGUUCAGCACAACGGGAGCAACUCUGCAGAUAGCGUGUUGAUUUAUUAUGCCAAGGUUGGGGUCGUGUCCUCCUCGAGGUGCAUGUUUUGAGUGGGGCUGCAGCGUUCAAGGCAGAUGUGAGGGUAGUGUUAUAUGUGGAGAUGGCCAGUGAGGGACAGGAGAGGGAAGGGAUGGAUAGCAGUUGUGAAUCAAUGUCAGCUGACAGCUGCUUGAGGUCAAUAGAGUUAAGGUUCCUCCUGAGCUGAGGGGGGUUAGGCUGAGAUUGUUGGGUGAGGGGGUAAUUGAGAGCAAACGAUAAGAGGUGGUGAUCAGAGAGAGGAAAUGGGGUGUUGCAGAUAUUAGAUAUUGUACAUGAAUAAGAGAAAAUAAGGUCGAGGGUAUUGCCAGCUACAUGAGUGGGAGAAUUAGCCCACUGCAAAAGUCCAAGGGAGGAAGUGAUUGAAAGUAGUUUAGAGGCUGCUGGGGUCAAAGGUGGGUUAACGGGAAUAUUGAAGUCUCCAAGAAUUAGGGAUGGGAUGUUGGAAGAGAGGAAGUAGGGUAGCCAGUUCUACUAUUGUUGUCUAUUUACGCUGUUGCCAGCUUUAGAUCGCCGUAUUUUUGGAGGUCUUCUUUAUUUUUUUAAGUUUAUUAAUUUGUUAGGGUACAAGCCCUUGGUGGUGCUGGCACCACCACCUGACCAUUUGCCAUUGUAUUUACCUCUCAUACUUCGUUUUUUCAUCUUUGGAGUUGAUUGGUUAAUACAAGGUGAUUUACUUUCUAUCUAUAACACCGUAGCUACAGUCUGCACAGAGACACCGCAGCUACAGCCUGCACAGAGACACCGCAGCUACAGCCGGCACGAAGACACCACAGCUACAGUCUGCACAGUGACACCGCAGCUAUAGCCUGCACACAGACACCGCAGCUUUAGCCUGCAAAGAGAGACCACAGUUACAGCCUGCAAAGAGAGACCGCAGAUACAGCCUUCACAGAGAUACCGCAGCGGCAGCCUUCACAGAGAUACCGCAACGGCAGCCUUCACAGAGAUACCGCAGCGACAGUCUACACAGAGAGACCACAGUUACAGCCUGCACAGAGAGACCACAGCUACAGCCUACACAGAGAGACCACAGCUACAGCCUACACAGAGAGACCACAGCUACAGCCUGCACAGAGAGACCACAGCUACAGCCUACAAGAGAGACCACAGCUACAGCCUACACAGAGAGACCACAGCUACAGCCUAUACAGAGAGACUACAGCUACAGCCUACAUAGAGAGACCACAGUUACAGUCAACAUAGAGAAACCACUGCGACAGUCGACACAGAGAUACCACAGCUACAGCCGUUACAGAGAUAUUACAGCUACAGCCAGCAAAGAGCCCACAGCCACAGCCAACAGAGAGACACCAGAACUACAGCCAACAGAGACACACCAGAACUACAGCCAACAGAGAGAAACCAGAAUUACAGCCAACAGAGAGAAACCAGAACUACAGCCAACAGAGAGACACCACAACUACAGCCAACAGAGAGACACAGCAGGUACAGCCUACACAGAGACACCGCAGGUACAGCCUACACAGAGACACCGCAGGUACAGCCUACACAGAGAUACCGCAGCUACAGUCGACAGAGACACCGCAGCUACAGUCGACAAAGACACCGCAGCUACCGUCGACAGAGAGACCGCAGCUACAGUCAACAAAGACACCGCAGCUACAGCCUACGCAGAGCCACCACAGCUACAGCCUACACAGAGACACCGCAGCUAA